CGAGGGCUUCCAGCCUCGCCGUCCAACGGCCACGAUGCAGCACAAACACAAAAGCGUGCCGCUGCGUGCGCUCGGCUGGCCAUCGAUUCGCGCCGCGGCCGGCCGCCGCCUCCACCUCGCGCUCGCGCUCGCAGACCGCGGCCGCCGCCGCAGCGUUUGAUGUCAGCGAGGCUCGUGCCCCGCGUCACCCCGCUCCUCCCGCACCGCCCGAGACCGAGCCCGGCCAUCGCCCCCUCCCUCGCGGCGUCGCUCGCGCGCGUGCUCCACCGACCCGACCUGGUCCCGCUCCCUCGCGGCGCUCCUCCCUGCCCCGCUCCCCGACGCGCGCCUCGCCGCCGCCGUCUCCGCGCUCGGGGACGCCGACCCGGACCUCGCCCACUCGGCGCUGCUCCGCCUCCUCGCCCGCGCCCGCCGCUUCGACGGCGCCCAAUCAUCAGUCAACCCCCCAGCGAAUCAAUGGAGAUCCAAACAAAACCGCACGCAAACAAACACAGAGCAAGCCCACGCCCGCCCGUGCCCAGUGGCUUUCCCCAAAACGCCAACGCACGGGAUGCAGUGACUGAGGUCUGAGGUGAGACUCCAGCUGCGGCUGCGCUCUCUCCCCGAUCUGGCGGCUAGCCAGCCAUGGCCGCCGAGAGCUGCCACCCGCGCGGCCUCUCGUGGUUCGCCAGGUCCUGCAUCCCCGCCGACCCCGCCCGCCACACCGCCGUCCCGGUCCCCAUCCCCGUCCCUGUCUCGGUCCCCGACGCCGAGGACCCCGACCCCGAGGCGGAGCCCCCCAUCGCCGCGCUCCCCGACGAGCUCCUCCUCGAGAUCCUCGCCCGCGUGCCCCGCGCCUCGCUCCCGUCGCUCCCCGCCGUGUGCCGCCGCUUCGCCUCCCUCCUCGCGUCCCAGGCAUUCCUCCACCUCCGCCGCGCGCGCGGCCGCCUCCGCCCCUGCCUCCUCGCCGUCUCCUCCUCCUCCUCCUCCUCUUCCGCCCGCGCGCUGCUCCUCCACCUCCACCACGCCUCCGCUUCCUCCUCCUCGCUCGACGUCGCCGCGCUGCCCCUGCCACUGCCGCUCCUCCUGCCCCCGCACGCGCGCGCCGUCGCGGUGGGGCGGCACGUGUACCUGGUCGGCCGGGGCGCCACGCUGCGGGUGGACCCGCUGACGGGCGCGGCGAGAGCGUGCGCGCCCACGCUGUUCCCGCGGAGCAAGUUCGCGGCGGCCGCCGUGGGCGCGCGGAUCUACGUCGCGGGCGGGUCCGCGCGCACCGCCGCGGUGGAGGAGUACGACCCGUCCGCCGACGCGUGGCGCGUCGUCGCGGAGGCACCGCGCCGGAGGUACGGCUGCGCGGGUGCCGGCGCCGGCGGCGUGUUCUACGUCGCCGGAGGUGUCGCCGUGGGGGCAGGAGGAGGAGGAGGAGGAGGGACGGCGGCGGUGGUGGAGGCGCACGCGUGCGCCGGGUCGGUGGACGCGCUGCACGUGGCGUCGGGCGCCUGGGCGUGGGCGCGCCCGCGGGCUGUGCCCGGCGGCGGCUGCGUCGUGGGUGCGUGCGGCGCCGGGGACGGACACCUCUACGUGGUGGCCAGCCACGCCGUGGACCUCUCCUUCUGGCGGUGGCACGGCGGCGGCGGCAGGGGUGGCGGCGGGUGGGUGGCGCUCGAGGCGCCGCCCGUGCCCCGGGGCGCCGUGGGGCUGGGCGUGGCGGUGCGCGUGGCGAUGGCCGGCGUGGGCGCCGACCGCGUGGCGGCGGUCGUCAACGUGGCCGCCGUGAGGGGCCACGCCGCGGCUGCUGCGGCCUCGGGCGGCGCUGUGGAAGGGCUGGUGCUGGUGUACGACAUCGGCGGUGGCAGGUGGAGCCGCGCGUCCGAUCUGCCGCCCGGUUUCCGGCGCGCCGCGUGCACCGCCGUCGAGUGCUGACACCGGCACCGUUGGUUGGCGUGUCCAAGAAGAGUUGACUGGCAUUGUAAGGUCUCUUUUUUUUUCAUUGGAUUGAUGAGAUGUGAAGCAACGUCGUCGUCAUCGUGGGGAUUGCUGUUGGGAAAUCGAUCGCUGCCCAGUGGAUUUUCUUGUUGCUGUUCUUGACCCCCGGAUAGGUUGUUUCA